AUGACCUCAAAGGCUCACCAUCUGACGAAUUUAGGGAUCUUGUAUUUCCUGACGCUGCUACUGGUGAAUCUCCUGGAACUCGUUGUCAUGCGUUCGUGGGUCACUUCGUCGUCGGCUAGCGUGGCGACAACGUCAUAUAUGCUCGUCCCCGUCUCAUCAAUCCUGAUCACGCACUUUCUCAUCAACCUACAAGAGAUUCCCUCUCACAGAGAACGCGACAUCGAGAUGUCACAGUCGCCGGACCCAGGUACGAUCUUGAAGCUGACGACGUUCCGGGGCGCCGAUCUUCCGGUGUUCACCUCGAUGGACGGAAUAGUAUCAGGCGUUGACGACUACUUCGUGACGCCGCCUCCGAGUAUUGGACGAGUCUGGAGGGAUGCAGAAGGUUCCGGUUUGCAAGUCUAUUAG